UAAGGAAAUCAAAAAGAUAACUCACUCCUCUCUAAAAAUCCUGACAUUUUCCUAAAGUAAGCAAAAAUCAUGGCAGAAGCUACUACUUUGGUGGGAAAGCUUGAGGCAGAUGUGGAGAUCAAAGCUUCUGCUGGAAAGUUCCAUCACAUGUUCGCAGGAAGACAAGGCGAAUGGCUUAAAGCAACUCCAGGCAAGAUCAAGAGUUGUGAGUUACUAGAAGGCGACUGGGGCAAACUCGGUUCAGUGGUCAUGUGGAACUACGUUCAUGAUGGAGAGUCAGCAAUGACCAAGAAGAGAGUCGAGGCAGUGGAUCCGGAGAAGAACCUGAUCAAGUUCAGAAUUGUAGAAGGUGAUGUGAUGAAAGAUUUCAAGAGUUUUGUGUCCACAAUCCAAGUGAUCCCUAAGAAUGGAGAGCCUGGUAGUGUUGCGAAAUGGCAGAUGGAGUACGAGAAAAUAAGCGAAGAUGCUGGUCACCCUGAAACUAUCCUCCAGCUUGCUGUUGAAAUUUCAAAAGAUAUCGAUGAAUAUCUAUUGGCAGAAGAAUAGACGGUUACUCUUCGUGUGUGUGUUGUGUGAGUCUUUAAGUCUUUAAAGCUGCAAUAAAUAAUGUGCAAUAAAUAAUGUGCAAUAAAUAAUGCAAUCUUUGAAGAACGGAAAAGACCUUUCUCUCUCAUCUCAUCUGCUUUCUCUCCCGACUUCUCAUUAUCAGAUAAGCUUUUGGGUCCGACGUCUCCGGCGCGUGCGAGCGCGUUCUCCGGCGUCGGCUCCCCCUUCCUCCUCCCUUUACUCUUUUCUCUUUGCUCGUCCGGGAUCUAUCCCUCUCUGCUGCUUUGCUUUUGGUUCUGGCUCCGGAGGUUCCUUUGGGUUAGGCUCCGCUCGAGAGGAUGCUUGGCCUGUCGUGAGCUUGCUGGUGUUUGGAGUUGUGGCGCAGUGGGUGUUGGGUUGGGUCUUGGAGGAGUCGGAUUUUAGGGACAGUCAAGUGGAUCUUUGCCCUUGCGAGACGACAGUUCGACGAGGAGGUUUUCGAGGCUUCGUUUUUCAGAUCUGGUUGUAGAUCCGGUGGUCUACUUAUCCUUGGUUUGUGGCGGAGUGGUGGUGGUCGUGAGACUCUGUCUUGUUCUCGGUGUCGAGGAAGGACAAGCCUCGUGUGACCUUUGCCGUGGGUGUUUUGGAGGUUGGUCUACUCGAAAGCGGGCUUAGCCGGCGGUGUUGGCGCGUGUUAGCCCCUCCGGUGGUGGUCCGUAGUGGUUCGGAUUGUCGCGGUGUCGGUGAGGUCGUCAAUGGCCUAUCUGAGGCGACAUUUCGAGUCCUCACCCAUUCCUCUUUCCUCUUCCGGUUCCUUGUCUCCAGUCAUGCCGUAGAAGCUCGUCGACAAGCUUCUCGGUGUUUAAGCUCUUGUCUUUCAUUGUUUGUUCGGAGUCGUUGUCACCGGCUCUGUUUCCUGUCCGCAAGAGGUUUCCGUUCUCCGGUUCUCGGAGGCGGCGUUGGGCUUGGCAUUAGAGGCUCGCGUGGUUUGUGGGUUUUCUUUUGCUUUGGUGACUCCUAAUGGUGAUUCAACGCAUCCCGAUGCUUCAGCCUUCCCUUGGCGGGUUCGAAGUAGUGUUGUUUCAGUUUCUUUUGCAGGUUCAGAGCUUUAUUGGUUUCAGGGUGUUACGGUAGUCUCGUCCCGUCUUUUUGCUCUCCGAUUUGGGCUUCUUAGACCUUUGGGUCUUUUAGGCUUAGUUCGGUUAUGGCGCUUGUGGGGUUGUACAGCGGGAUUGGAGCAUUUUUCCGAUGGUAUGUCUUCCACUCCCUUCUUCAUUAGCGUUAUGUGCUUCACGGUGGUGACGAUUAUAAGCUUCGGCGAGUUCAUCGAAACCUAGCUACUCCAGAAACGACGCGGGGACUCCCGGCAUCCUCGGUAACGAGGAGAACCUCACUUCUUCGUGGUUUUCGUUAAUGGUUGAGAACAGGAUUCGAUUUCUAGGUUUAUUAAAAACACUCUAGCGGAAUGUGCCGGGUUUAGUGGGUGGGCGAAGCUAGUUGUUGUAAUAUAUAGGCAUGGAAGCUUUUGUUCGAGUCGAGUUUGUAAUCGAAACUAAAUCCCGUUUUUACGGAUGAUUAUAAUAUAUUUUUAUUAAAAAAAAAAAAAAAAAAAAAAAAAAAAAAAAAAAUAAUGUGCAAUGUCCGACUUUGGGUACGAGGUAUAUGUAUAAUAAUGUGUGUGUCGACUAAUGCGUGUAUGUAUAAUAUUACGGCCGAGUUAUGUUUGAAGUUCUUAGUUUGAAUCGACGUGUAAUAAAAGCAAUUAAAGCUGCCUACAAGACUGUUUUAAGUUUAUGUUUGCUUGUAUUUGAUGUACUUUGUUAAUAAUAAAGGACAUUUGGUACAUUAAUAA